AUGAACUGCUGGAUCCAAGGAGUACCGCUAUCGCGUAAUAUUGUUGACUUCCAGAGGCUGGUGGAGAAGAAAGCAGAGCGUGUCCUGGUAGAUGACUCUUUUCUCAACAUCAUUCUUAGCCUGCUUCAAUUCAAGGAAGUGUAUCGGGAUGCGGAUAAGGUUGAUCCAAUGGUCAUUGCCCAAAGCGCAUUGGCUCUUGACGCAAACCUGGAUGAAUACGCACGCGACUUGGCACAGGAAGCUCCUUUUGAGAAUCGUCAGCUUCUCGACGCUGAGCAUAGCCAUUUCGCGCACAAAGGCUACUUCCAUUUACGCCCCCAGCAUCUGCACUCAAAUAUAUGGAAUAGCGUUCAGACAACUCACAUACGCCUCCACCAGGCCAUCACCCGCAAAUGCGACAAUGCAGCAUCUUCGCUGGAUUCGAGUACCAAGCGCGUAUCAUUCAAGAGACUCAUUGUUUCAACAAUCAUGGAAUUGCUUGCAAGUGUACCGCAAGCAGCAGGUUAUGUACAAGAUAGUCAGGUACCGCCAGUGCCUCCUCCAAGGGUCGCUUCCUCAAGUUCGUGCAGUACCUCAGUCGACCAGGAGACGCACGAUCCCGAUGGUCACACAUCUAUACCCCAGUACAACAACCACAGUCUGCACCAUAUACUCCACCAAAUCUACAGUCACGGAUCGGAGCUCUGCCUGCCGCAAUCCAACAAGAUUGAAUCCAACAAUGUGUAA